AUGGCAGGGUUGUCAAAGCAAACAGAUGAGUCUGCAUUUGAUUGUUUUGAAAUCCAGUUAGGGUUUUAUACAAAUGAGUUUCCUGUAAAAUGCUGGAAAUUUGAUUAUAAGUUUAGUGAAAUUGAGAUCAAAGGGCUCGAAGUCGGUCAAUUUGCAGAAGAUUGGAUCAGGGGUCAAAUUUUCAUGGAUAUGAAAUUGGAUUUAGAAAAGUUUUUUAAGAAUGUUGAUAUUGGAGAUGAAUCAGAGUCUGUGGAUUUACAAAAGUUUUUCAAGGAUGUUGAUAUUGUAGACGAGUCAGAGUUUGUGGACUUUAAGAAUGAUGUCCGAGCGGGUAACCGUUGUUGUGUUGGUGAAAAACAUGUUGGCAUUAGUGAGUCAUGCGUCGGUAUUGAAGAGGAGAAAAAAGUGAUAAAAAAAAGAAAGAAAGAGAGUUGUUUGCCGUUGUUGGAUUGGGUGAAAAGCGUUGCGAAAGACCCGUGUGAUCCUGUGAUUGGAUCGUUACCAGAGAGUUAUAAGUGGAAGGCUUAUGGAAGCGAGCAUGUUUGGAAGCAGGUUCUGAUGGCUAAAGAGGCAAUGAGUUUGAAGGUUAAUGUUGAUGUUGAUCCGAAUGCCAAACGGUCUAUUUGGCAGAAGAAGCAAAAGAUGCAUCCUGAUAUGUACGACGACCAAUCCAAGAAAUCAUACACGAGAUGCAGCCAGAGGCUUAUUGCCAUAGAAGAGAAUCGUUCUAUCCUUUUGUCCCGAAAACCACAAGUUGUAGAUCAUGCUGAGUCAUCAUCGUCCCCUGUGACUGAUGAAGAAGAAGACGAAGAUUCUUUAUGGUGUAUCAAUUACAGGAAAAAACGAAUCCCGUUGGGCCGGUUUUUUCAAGCAGAAGUACCACAAUGGGUCGGGAAAACUGAAGAAAGUGAAAGUAAAUGGCUUGGUACCCCUGUUUGGCCACUGAAAGAAACCGAAAAACGAACCAGUUUGAUUGAAAGGGAACCGAUUGGAAGAGGACAACAAGGGUCUUGCGGCUGCCAGCGCAUCGGUUCUCUAGAAUGUGUUCGAUUUCACGUUGCGGAAAAAAGAACGCGGUUGAAGCGUGAGUUGGGGUCUGCGUUUGCGAAAUGGAAAUUCGAUAUGAUGGGCGAAGAAGUUUCACUCAGAUGGACUAAAAAUGAAGAGAAGAAGUUUGCGAGCAUUAUAAAGUCAAACCCCGAGUCUUCGGGGAGGUGUUUUUGGGAUGUACUUGUGGCCUAUUUCAAGAACAAAACGAGGGCUGUUCUCAAUUGCAGAUGAAGAUGAAACGACCAGCGUAGGGAAGGCGUUUGGAAUUGAGGACUAACCGUAGAUCUAAAGACAGAAGGUGGCGAUAGGCGUGUCAGAGUAUGAGACAAGAAAACGAUGUACGAUGUAUGGUCGUCGGAAAUUUUAGUCUUUGAUUGCUUCUCCGCGUCCGACUUCCACUGAUACUGCAAUUGCCAGAAUGUCCGACGGCGGUGGUGAUGAAUUUUCCGCUUAAUAGGGUUAUCCGAUGUGAAUGUUAUUCUUGAUUUAAAUUCUUGAUUAUUUUAUUAGGUUUUUGUUUUUUUUUUAUUUAUAUUCGGUGAGGUAAUACCGUAAUAGCCACAUGGUAAUUGAGAGAAACAGCACAUCAACCACAUGAGUAAAUUUAAUUCAAAUAUUGAAGGUUAGUUUAAUAAUAAAUAUCACUUUUUUUA